CUAAACAAAAACAUUUGCGGAUAAGUCGCGAUAAUGCAAAGCACACCUUGGGCUACGGCUAAGCUGUGUAUGCACAGUGAGAACGGAUAACUGUCCCUCUUCUUCUAUUCUUCUUCUUCUUCUUCUUCUUCUGCUGUCUGUCUCUACGACAAUGGCGAAUUCUGCAACUUCACCUCCAAUUUCCUUCUUCUCAUCGUCAAUUUUCCUCACUACUACUUCUACUCAUCAAAACCCUAAAACUCUCUUCUCAACCUUCAAACCCAUCUCUCUCAAACCCCUCUUUCACUGUCCCAACCACACCUCCCCAAUUCGCUCUGAGCUCGCUACUCUCCCAAUCCUCUCCUUCGACGGUUCCAAAAUCGGCGAAACCACUCUCAACCUCAAGUCUGCCCCACCGGAAACCUCACGCGCCGUCGUCCACCGCGGCAUCAUCACCGACCUCCAGAACAAGCGCCGCGGCACCGCCUCCACCCUCACCCGCGGCGAAGUCCGUGGCGGCGGCAUCAAACCCUAUCCCCAGAAGAAGACCGGCCGCGCCCGCCGCGGCUCCCAGCGCACCCCCCUCCGCCCCGGCGGCGGCGUCGUGUUCGGCCCUAAACCUAGGGACUGGACCAUCAAAAUCAACCGCAAGGAGAAGAGAUUGGCGAUUUCUACGGCGAUUUCGAGCGCGGCGGUGAAUACGGUGGUGGUGGAGGAGUUUGGGGAUAGGUUUGAGAAGCCGAAGACGAAGGAGUUCAUUGCGUUGAUGAAGAGGUGGGGGAUUGAUCCGAAAGAGAAGUCGUUGUUUCUGAUGACGGAGGUUUCCGAGAAUGUGAAGCUUUCGAGUCGGAAUAUUGGGACUCUGAAGAUGUUGACGCCCAGGACAUUGAAUUUGUUUGAUGUUUUGAAUUCGGAUAAAUUGGUGUUUACACAAGCUGCUGUGGAUUAUUCACCACUUUCCACCACCGCUGAUGACAUAUACGAGUAA